AGCUCAAUCAUGACUUUAUCAGCCUCGGAGCCACAUCCAGCUCACGUUUCGUGACAGAACUGCAGCUUCAUCUCGCAUACUUUCUUUAUUAUGCGGACAAACGUGGAUUUUCAGAACACAGUUUAAAAUGGAUUAACAGAAGAAGCGGGUGAGAACAUGAGGAGAUGUGUUGAGGAACAACAGAGCAAUAUAUUGGCAGAAUAAACCAGCAGCAUGACGAAACUUCUGGCCCUCAUCAGUGUGAUCGGCUUCAGAUUGAUGGUCUGUGUUCACAGUGAGUUUAUCGAGCCGUCUCCGUCUCUGGCCCUGCGCUCGUUCUCCGGCACACAGACCCGGAUGCCCUGCCGCUUCACGGUGGAGGGUGACGAGAAGCUGGUGCAAGUGACCUGGUACAGAGAGAAACCAGGAGGAGAACGAGAACAGAUCAUCAUAGGACACUUUACUGAAGGACCUAAAGGUGUGUGUGUGUGUGUUUGCACCAUUUACAAACACAAACUAUGCUUCAUCUGUGUUUCUCCUUCACUAGUUUUGCCGAUCUCUUCUCUGGAGCCGGUGAUUCUGCAGGAAGGCCAGUCGUUCCGCGUGGCUGCCUCCUGUCGCUCGGUUGGACACCCUUCGCCACGUUUGUCCUGGGACACGGACAUUCCCGGGCAGUCGCAGAACCGCACUGGAGAAGAUGGAGUCGUAACCUCGCACGGCGCCUGGACUGUCUGGUUUUUGCCGAUCUCUUCUCUGGAGCCGGUGAUUCUGCAGGAAGGCCAGUCGUUCCGCGUGGCUGCCUCCUGUCGCUCGGUUGGACACCCUUCGCCACGUUUGUCCUGGGACACGGACAUUCCCGGGCAGUCGCAGAACCGCACUGGAGAAGAUGGAGUCGUAACCUCGCAGUUUUCCGUGCAUCCGCUGCGCAGCAUGAACAAGCGGCGCCUGGACUGUCUGGUGUGGCAUCCCGCUCUCGACGGCCCGCAUAGAAUCAGCAACGAGCUCGUCGUGCACUUUCCUCCUGAUGCAUUGAUUGCUGAUUCUGGUUCCUGGAGAAUCGGACACUCAGGAUCUGAGCUCAGAUGUGUGGUUAAAGGAAACCCGUUGCCGCAAAACGUCACGUGGAGCAGAAAGGACAGUCGUCUGCCAGCAGGAGUGCUGGUUAAAGAGGACACACUGGUGUUUGUUCGGCCUCUGAACGUGACGGAUGAAGGCGUGUACGUCUGCCAGACAGCUAACAGCGCGGGAAUCGCUAAAGCCGAGUUUAAAGUGGAGAUCGGAAAACAUGCAUCUGAAUCUGCACACGCUCUGGGAAGCCUGUCAGAGACUCUGCUCAUCGUCAUAGUCGCCGGGGUUUUGGUCAUCGUUAUUGUGAUCGCCAUCGUUUUCGUCAACUGUCACCUUAGACGCAAGAACAGGAAGCUGAAGCGAGCACUCAGCGUCAGAACGGAGGAGAUGAUCAGUCUGUCGCGGCAGGUUUCCAUGAGGAGACUCAACUCCAUCAACACUGAUCCCAGAACAGCGCCGGAGGAGAGUUCACUGAUUCAGAUGGACAGUGUGACGAAGGGCAGUGUUUUAUCGGUGGAGGAUCAUUCAACGCUGAGUGACGUGAGAGGCAGACGUGGAGACAGAGAGUACGAUAGUCUGGGACGUCCCGCCAUCUACACGACGUACCGUCCGGAGCGAUCCAGCAAGAACACGAGAGAGAUUGAGGAGGAGAGAAAUGAGCGCAGACGGAGAGUCGAGUCCUACGUCAAAUCCAGCAAUAUGUCACUGGAUUCAGGGCUUCACCGGGAUCAGAGUUCUCCUCCUCCAUCCGUGAGCUCGGGUCUGACUGCAGAUGCCAUCGGGGAAGGAUGGAAGCGUGGCUCUCGCAGAGAGAUUCACCGAGACGUGCAGCGAGAGCGAGUUCCUGAAGGAGAGGAAGAAAGCUCUGCUGUGAGCUCCUAUCAGCUAUCCGAAGCCGUUUCCAACUACUUCCAGUGCAGCAACGGCGGACUGACGCCGAAGGCAAACCCCAACGCCAUCAUCAUACACUCUCACGGGCCGGUCAUCUGAUCAACACACCAUGCUUCCUGCAACACAAGCGUUGUGCUGAUCGUCAGUGCAUGCAGCUUGAUUAUCUGUAAACUCUUAAAGGGACAGUGCACAAAAAAAUGAUC